AUGAGUUUGGGAGCUCGCGCCACCAAGGGUGGUGUGAAGAAAGACGGGAAGCAGGACAAAGGAAAGGUUGCCGAGAAACCUGCCCCCAAGGAAAAGACUAAACCACAGGCGACCACAGAACAACUUAGGAUGGCCAACAUGAUUGACUGCAAGAGUGAAGAUGCCUCCGACGUACGGAGAAUGGUGACAGAGUUGAUGGAAAUGACCUGUCGCACCGAGGAGGAGGUAUGCUCGGCCCUUCAUGAUUCAGACAAUGAUCUGCAGGCCGCCUGCAACCUGCUGCUGGAGGAGAGCCAGCGGAUACAGGGUGAAUGGCAGACCAGCGAGAAAAAGAAGAAAAAACCUUCUCAACCAACGGGCAAUGGAGAUGCUGAGAGGGACAGAGAUGCUCGCAGUAGAUCCGGGCCUAGAUCACGUCGCGGUGAGGGUGAGUCCAACCAGCCGGCCGGCGGAGGCCGCGGGAGGGGAGCGGGCAGAGGGAGGGGAGGCUCCAGAGGCGGGAGGGGCGCGGGCAGAGGGGCGAGGAGGGGGGGACCUCCUAGAACACACGGACAGACAAGGGACGGGGACUGGCCGCACGCGCCCGACACCGCAGGUGGUAACAUUGAUUCUUUCCCCACUACAGAGGAUUGGGACAAUGAGGAAUGGUCGGGCUCUCUAUCUGAUACUAAGGUGUUCACUCCUAGUUCCAAUGCAUUGCCGGUCGAGGCAGAGCCACCGGCCGCUACUGAGGAUUGGGAAUCCGGAGAGGCGAAUGGCCGUGAGCACAUACCGACAUACACAUACCACAACACACACCAACAUAUACCCCAAAUGAGCAAUACAAACGCCGUAUCGGCAGCUACUACGCCUGUCACGACCGCCGCUGCUAAGACGGACGAAGGAUAUGGACAACAUCAGCCGAUGGGUAUGUCUGGCAGUCUGAGCGCUGCGCAGACGCAGUACCUGUCUCAGUUUACUACACAGGCGAGGCACGACUCAGGUGUGUACGGAGGUUACGGCGUGUACGCAAGUGAAGCGACCCGCAAACAACGAGUUAGAGUACCGCCGCCUUCAAAGAUACCGUCGUCAGCGGUAGAAAUGCCAGGCGGGACUGAUACUUCAAGCAAUAUGUUCAUCGACGUUCAGUUUGGAGCCCUAGAACCUGACGCGCUGCACGAGCCCGCAGCCCCCGCGCAGGGGGCGGCGCCUCCCGCUACCACGCACUCACCUACAACCGGCGUACAGACUAACAAACAGGUUACAUCACAACCUGAGAGCCAGCCUGUACCAAGCCAUGAGACUACUACGGAGGCUCCAAGCAAUAAUUAUCCUAAUGCUAAUAGUAUGUUAAGCGAGACUAUAUCAGUAGUGGACCCCACACCUACAAGCCAACCUGUGACCUCGGAUACUACAGUCACUAACAGUAGCUCGUUGGACAAGUUGUCAGCGUCUAUGAAGCAGUUGGGCGUGUCGGGCGCGGCGAGCCCGGCGGGACAAGACGCGCAUCGGCACCACUAUACGCACCACCGACCGAAGUCUGUAAGUCAACAACAGAACGUGUACGCGCCGCACCACGUGUCACAUCAUCCGCCAGUAUACGGAGCUAAUGUGUACGCGCCACAGGUGAAUUCAACAAAUGCUUCACUAACGGGUGCUUCAAUGGCCAGCGGAUAUCCGUCCAGUGUUACUCUCACACAAUACCAACCAAUCAUUAACUCAUAUCAGCAACAACAGACGCCAUCAUCGACGGUGUCAGCGGCGUCCGUGUCAGCGUACGGAGGGAGCGCGCUAUACACGGCCGCCCCUUACACCGCGCCGCCCGCGCACCACGCAUACCACCACGCGCACAAACACCACAAGGACGGCACGCAGGCGCCGCAGUAUGACAGUUCAGUGGCGUCAAGCAACAGUUUAACGAGCACAUCGACAACACAGACUUCAACGGCGAAGGUUACCACGACAACAGUGAGUAACGCGGCCAGUACGGGUGCGUCGUCAGCCACAAGCGCAGCGGGCGGCGGAGCGGGAGCGGGCGCGGCGUACGCUGGAGGAGCGUUAUAUGGAGGAGCGUACGCUUAUGACGAACAAAUCAUGAGAGGAACGCUUCCGCACCAUAUGGGUGGAUAUUACGAAGUCGGCUACGGAGCGCGCGAAGGUACAUUCGGUUUAGGAGCGGGAGAGAGGUUUGGUAGAACAGACGCUGCCUCGCCACAACAGGUCCCGGCCGCCUUACCUCCCGGUUACGCGUACUUCUAUCAACCACCACCUACGUCGUAUCAAUAUGGAGUAUACCCACCUUAUGGUGGUGGCUCAAGCGUGGGCGGCGUGGGCGGUGUAGGUGGUGUGGGCGGCGUGGGUGGAGUUGGCGGCGUGGGCGGUGUGGGCGUAUCGGGAGGUGGAAAAGUAUCCGCUUACUCACAACAACAACAACCGCCAUACGACGGCCAGGACACGUAUAAACCAGGCGGGCCUUACACGGGUAGUGCGAAUAAGACGGCCGGAGGCGCCAAUGAUCUCACUAAUACAAUGUAUGCCAAGACUCAUGUAGCACUCAACAAGGUUAAUAGUUACGAGAAGGCUGGUUUCCACAGCGGCACCCCGCCGCCUUUCGGCGCCGGCUCACAUCUGUAUAUACCGGCCCCGCCUCACCACCAUCCGCACCAUCACGCGCCGCAACAACACCAGGAAAGCGGAUCAGCGGGCCGUGCUUCAUCUAAACCACAAUCGAGCAAGCCAACAUAUUCCCAAUCAUACUGGACGCCUAACUAG